CCUGCCUCCCUCCAGUCAGGAGCGCACAACUUUCCCGAGGAGCACACGCUGCGUGCCUGGACCUCUCUACACCACAGGGACUUUGUUACCAACUGCUUUUUCCCACGAGAUGUUGAUCGUGCUCGUGCGACAAUAUCUCCUCGCCUCGCGGUCUCGCAUAAGAUUGAACUAAAAAAAUAAAUAAUAAUUUCCUCCUUUUUUUUUAACUGGCUUUUUUUUUAUUGUGCGCUGACAACUCCGGGGCCAAUAACCACGCAGGUACAGACUGCCCUCCUGAGCGGGGACUGGACCCGGAUUUUCUAUUAUUGAUUUCAAGUUGGAGACGAAAGUGACCGAUCUGUUGGAAUUGGUUUGUUCAAUGACUUGCAAGGUUGGACCUGAAGUUACAUUCGGAAAGCUGGAACAAUAAGAGCUUUAUUUAAAACAGUCUCUGUGCUGCUGGAGGUUGGUCGACCAUGCAGCUGGACGGUCUGUGGACGGUCCACACCCUCCUGGCACUGGCCAGCUUCGCCCUCGGGAACCCGAUGAGCAAUGAGCCAUUGGCCGCACCCCGCGUCUUCAUCUCCUUUAAAGAGCUAAGAUCCACUGGUACUGCUCAUCACUUUGCCUACCUCCUCAACACGACCGACUACCGGAUCCUGCGUAUGGAUGAGGACCAUGACCGCAUGUAUGUUGGCAGCAAGGACCACAUCCUUUCCCUGGACCUCCAUGACAUCAACAAGGAUCCACAUAUUAUCCACUGGCCGGUGUCCGAAAGAAGAAGGAUGGAGUGCAUUGUGAGUGGGAAGGACGCCAAUGAGGAAUGUGCAAACUUCAUCCGCCUGGUCGAGCCAUGGAACCGGACUCAGCUGUACGUCUGUGGAACAGGAGCUUACAAUCCAGUCUGUACCUUUGUCAACCGCGGACGCAAACCUCAGACGUCCAUGUAUCUGCAGAUGGCCCAGGCCAGAGGAAGGGCUAGCCGUGCAGCUGAACCCAGCGCGGUGCACGAGACACUUGGAAUAAAGGAAGAAAUCUUCCAUUUGGAGCCAGGCAAAGUGGAAUCUGGGAAGGGAAAGUGCUCCUACGACCCGAAUCUCAACAGCGUGUCAGCUUUGAUCAAUGGUGAACUGUAUGCCGGGGUCUAUGUUGACUUUAUGGGAACAGACUCUGCCAUUUUCCGUACGUUGGGGACAAAGACUGCCAUGCGGACAGAUCAGUACAACUCCAGAUGGUUAAAUGACCCCACUUUCAUCCACGUACAACUCAUCCCCGACAGCGCAGAGAGAAAUGACGACAAGCUGUAUUUCUUCUUCCGGGAGAAGUCCUCUGAGAUGGGCCAUAGUCCUGUGACCCAGUCUCGCAUAGGACGCAUCUGCCUGAAUGAUGAUGGAGGCCACUGCUGUCUGGUUAACAAAUGGAGCACCUUCCUGAAGGCCAGGCUCAUCUGCUCGGUGCCAGGGGCCGACGGCAUGGAGACGCACUUUGAUGAGCUCCGAGAUGUUUAUAUACAACCAACACAGGACACAAAAAAUCCUGUGAUAUAUGGCGUCUUCUCUGUCUCUGGCUCUGUCUUCAAAGGCUCAGCAGUUUGUGUUUACUCUAUGGCCGACAUUCGCAUGGUCUUCAAUGGACCCUUCGCCCACAAAGAAGGUCCCAAUUACCAGUGGGUGGCCUACACUGGGAAGAUCCCCUACCCUCGACCCGGCACGUGCCCUGGAGGUACGUUCACCCCCAACAUGAAGUCCACUAAGGACUAUCCAGAUGAAGUGAUUAACUUCAUGAGGAAUCACCCUGCCAUGUACAAUGCCGUGUACCCGAUACACAAGCGCCCCCUGGUGGUUCGGACCAAUGUGGACUAUGAGUUUACCACCAUCACUGUGGACCAGGUGACAGCUGCAGAUGGCAACUAUGAAGUCCUCUUUCUAGGAACUGACAAGGGAACAGUUCAGAAAGUUAUCGUCUUGCCCAGAGAUGACCUGCAGACUGAGGAGCUGGUCCUUGAGGAGGUAGAGGUUUUUAAGGUCCCUACUCCAAUUACAACAAUGAAGAUCUCAUCCAAAAGACAACAGCUGUAUGUGUCAUCUGUGUUAGGGCUGACCCAGCUGGCUCUUCACCGGUGUGAUGUGUACGGCGAGGCCUGCGCUGACUGCUGUCUGGCCAGAGACCCUUAUUGCGCCUGGGAUGGCAAGUCCUGCUCCCGUUACUCCGCCUCGCAGAAGAGGUCUGACCCCUUUAGACGUAGCCGGAGGCAGGACGUCAAGUACGGCAACCCCAUCCGUCAAUGCCGAGGCUUUAACUCGAAUGCCAAUAAGAACACUCUGGAGAUGGUGCAGUACGGGGUGGAGGGAAGUAGUACCUUCCUGGAGUGUCAGGCACGCUCUCCACAUGCUGUCAUUAAAUGGCAUCUGCAGAGAGAUAACAGUGACCGCAGGAAAGAGAUGCGUUCUGAUGGUCGGAUUUUGAAGACAGAGCAAGGUCUACUCCUGCGGUUUCUGCAGCCCUCUGACUCUGGCAUGUACCAGUGUACGGCCACAGAGAAGAACUUCAAACACAUGCUGGUCAAGCUGCAGUUGGUGGUGCUGUCGAGCCGGGCCGUCAACAACGUGCUGGUGGAGGGCGGAGGAGGGCUGGUGCCGUCUUCUCUUCACUCCAGCAGCACCCAGUGGACCCCAAGCGCAGGCCAGUACAAGGACCUGCUGACCAUCCUGAGCCAGCCAGAGAUGAGCCUGAUCAAUCAGUACUGCCAGGACUACUGGCAGUUUGGAGACCCGCUGCUGGGUGCCCUCAAGGCCAAAGACCUGAAGGAGCUCAAGGAGCAGAAGAAGCCCCGCAACCGCCGGCAUCAUGGGGAGGGGGAAGGGGAGGGGGAGGAGCAAUAUGAGCAGGAGGAGCAGGAGGAGCAGGAGGAGGCGGAGACAUGAGGAGCCCAGCUUUGUGUCUGAAACACCCUCAACCACCCAUUCUCCCACCCUGUGAAAACUGGGAGAGACUCAUUGAGAGUAGCAACGUGAAAAAAUCCACAAACCGAGAAGAAAAAAAAACUGAGAAAAAAAGAGGCUUACAAACAAAACCCCACAUACAUCCUCUCAAACAGUAAGAUAUAUGAUACACAGUAUUUAUUGUAGGUUGUAUAUAGUAUCAUUCUGUGGAUUUCUUUGUACUUAUAGAAAAAAACAUGCUCUUUGUGUAUAGGUACCUUUGGGGCAAAUAUUAUUGUUAUUAAUGAUGUUGUUAAUUUUAUUGUUGCAGUUACUGUCAUCACAAAACUCAUCUGUCUGCAUCAUAUGACCUCGGCAACUGUUUGGAAUGUGUUAUCAGGCAUGUAAGCUGUUAGGAGCGGGCUUUGAAAAGCUCUAACGGGGAAAUGAGUUUUUGAUAAGGGGUGAUGGGAUCUCUGUUUUUUCAUGCUUGCUUUGAUGCAAUGCCAGGACUCUUUUAUUUCUGGACACUCCAGCAACGCCUGUGGUGCAACCCCCCAUGGCUGCAUGCGGACAGAGACUUAAUAUUGCCAGAGGACCAUCAACACACGGUCCGAGUGAUUGUGGAGAAACAAUCCUUUCUUCAUGGAAACUCAGACGUUCAAAUGACAGUUUUCACUGGCGUAAUUGGGCCUUUUAAUAGGAAACUGGUGCUUGCCACCAUUCUAUUUCUUUCCUGAUUGGAGGAUUGAUUGUAAAACGAUGCAGCAUAUUUGCUACUUCUCAGACUAAAUACUAAAUCUGUUUUAAAUCUCAGUUGUACUCUACUUUGAGGGACCUGCAGUUUCUUCUUGACCAUGACGUUUAAAUACAUAGAUGACAUACAAAAAGAAGCAUAAAUCUGUAAGGAAGUAUAGUGGUUGAGAUAUUUUCAAAUGCAGACAUCCUUUGAACUGAGAUUGAGGUGCAAUAAAGGGUCAAGGUUUUGCACGAAGGGCAUUAUUAUUUUACUUUCAGGGGACAUCGGCUGGGGCCAAAUGCAACAAGCACACAGGCAAGUUAUAGUUGACUUAUGUAAAAAAAAAAAACAUUGAAAAAAAACAGUGCUCUGAGCACUCAAGACAUCUUUUGUUCUUCCUUUGACAUUCAUGUGUGGAAAAAAAAAUGAUUGCCCAUACAUACAACAAAGCAUUGUAACAAUGUUGUAAGACUAACCAAAAUACUGGGAAGCUGGCUUUCAUUAUGUGCAUGAACCUGUAUGUGUACUGUAAUUCUGAUAAGAUACUGUGUGGUAGUUUUUUCUUUUUUUUUUCAUCUCUAGGGGUGUACAGUAUGGUCUCUGAGGGACACUCUCAUUACAGGGAAAUAGGGACAACAAAUGCCCUUUUUUUCAAAUAUACGCAGUUUAAAGCAUGAUGCAUCUUUUCAUUGACAUUUAUUUAGACUGGCACAGUAUUAAGUGAAAUUAUCUCACGUAUGUGUUUGGAUAGCACAUAAAUAGGGAAAGUAUCACACAACGGCAUAUCCCAAUGGCAGAUAAAGGCAGUUUGGAUUGAAAUGAGAGGGUUGUUGAUAAAAUGUGAGUGAUAGUUGUCAUUCUCCGCUAGUGAAAAUAAUGGCAUAUGAAAUAUUUGACAGGGAUGAAAAGAUAUCUGGAACAAGGUGCAAAUUCGUUUUUGUAUCAUUCUGACAUUACAAGGCUUUUAAUACACCAUGUCUGCCUUGUAUUGAGACUGUCUUAAAUGCCUCUGGGAAGAUGCAUCUGGAAUUCACACAGAGGUAUCUGUAUCUGCUCCUCAAUUUGGGAUGUCUGUCUGCAUUCCCAGAAUCAAUUACAGCUCCAGAUUGUCUCCUCCAAAUGAGACCAGGGGUUAUUCAGCAAAAAAUGCAAAGAAAGGUUGUACAAUUUGUUGGUAUUUUUAAAAAUGUGUCUGUAGUUUUUGAGUGUUUUUGUUUGUUUUGUAUUUUUGCAUCAUCAGACUUUAUGGAAAAAAAGAAAAAAACUAAAUGCACAAAGGUGAUGUUCCUGUAAUGACUUGUGUAAAUUACUCUAUCUUCCCUUUCCAUUGUUGUUGCUGACUAAUAAAUUAAAGUUCUAUAUUUUAUAAGAAUGGAAUGCUCCCCCCUUCAUUGUGAUUGGCUUGAUACUGGAUGUUUUCCAUGUUCUGCCCAGAACCCUCUGGAUCCUUGGAAUAAAGUUGUACCUGUUAAAGAGA